CUCACAUUAGACCGAGAGAGAGACAUUUAGGCAGCCGUAAUUGUGGACUUCUUAAACAGAGAUCUGACUGUUUCACCUCACACAAGGGGACAAAGGAGCAUGCAAGAAAGCACUGAAAACCUUGGACUGCCAGUGUGAAUGCGUUUCUGAGGCCGACAGGCACGUAAAACACACAGGACCACAAAUCCCAUCUCACAGACGUGUAAGUGUAGGGUCACAAGGGGAAGACCUUCAUCACAGUCAUCAUCAUUUAUCACAGGGGCUCCGGGUCUGCCAUACCAGCUCGAACAUGUGUGGGCAACUUGCACAGGCAUGAUGAUCUCUCACUACCCAUUGGCAUCAUUGCUCCCCUGGCCGCCCAUCCCACACUACCUGGAGGUAAAUGGAGAUGGAGGUGUGGCCCUGCAGAGGUACCAACCAAGGUCCCCAGAGAGCAGUCCACAACACUGGAGCUCUGUGCAGGACUGGGGGGAGGAGGUUGAGGAAGGGGCCAUAUACAACGUGACUCUAAAGAGGGUCCAAAUCCAGCAGGCGGCAAACAAAGGCGCAAGAUGGCUGGGGGCGGAGGGUGACCGCUUGCCCCCAGGUCACACAAUCAGUCAGCUGGAGACUUGUAAGAUCAGGAGUAUCCGUGCGGGGACACUGGAGCGCUUAGUGGAGACGCUGCUCACUGCUUUUGGUGAUAAUGACCUGACCUACACCAGCAUCUUCCUCUCUACAUACAGAGCAUUUGCCACCACACAGAGUGUACUGGAGCUACUGCUGGAUAGGUAUGGCAGUUUUGAACAUUGUGAGGGGGAGAGUAACCAGAGUCGGGCUGGAAAGAGCAGAGGUGCUGUUAGAACUGCUUUAGCCUCUAUCCUGAGAGCCUGGUUGGAUCAGUGUCCAGAGGACUUCCAGGAACCUCCCUCAUAUCCAAGCCUGCAUCGUGUGCUGGGUUUCCUGCAGAAGGCCAUGCCAGGCUCUGAGCCAAUGCGCCGGGCUCAGAGUCUGCUAGAACAAUUGCGUGGUCAGGCCAGCCUAGAGAAUGAAACAGAUGGAAGCUUUCUUGUAAACAACUCCUUCUGCCUGGCAGAAGAUGUGGAAGUGGAGAUUGAGGUGCAGGAGGACUUCCUUUCCUUCGAGGUUGACCUUGUAGCGGAGCAGCUGACCUACAUGGAUGCGCUGUUGUUUAAGAAAGUGGUUCCUCAUCACUGUUUGGGAUCUGUCUGGUCUCAGCGUGAUAAGAAGGAUGGUAAACAGAGUGCACCCUCCAUCCGUGCCACCAUCACCCAGUUUAAUGCAGUGGCUGCAUGUGUGGUCAGUACCAUCCUCCGUCAUCGGCAAAUACGCCCAUACCUGCGCGCUCGUGUCAUCCAAAGCUGGAUUGAUGUCGCACAGGAGUGUCGGAUUCGUAAGAACUUCUCGUCUCUGAGAGCUAUUGUGUCAGCGCUGCAGUCCAACCCUUUAUACAGACUAAAAAAAGCAUGGGCCUCUGUUUCCAAAGACAGCAUGCAGAUGUUUGAAGAGCUGUCUGAUAUCUUCUCUGACCACAAUAAUUACCUUACAAGUCGAGAACUGCUAAUGAGGGAGGGCACCUCAAAAUUUGCCAGCUUGGACAGCUGUGCCAAAGACCAUCAGAAAAGAUCGCAAAAGAGACUGCAAUUACAGAAAGAGAUGGGUGCCAUGCAGGGGACGAUCCCAUAUCUGGGCACAUUUCUCACAGAUCUGACCAUGCUUGAUACAGCACUGCCUGACCAAGUGGAGGGAGGACUGAUUAAUUUUGAAAAGCGUCGCAGAGAGUUUGAGGUGAUCGCUCAGAUUAAGCUCCUGCAGUCGGCAUGUAACAGUUACUGUCUGACUCCUGACUCCACAUUUCUGCGCUGGUUUAAAAGUCAACCUCAGCACACAGAGGAGGAGAGCUAUGCACUCUCAUGUGAGAUAGAAGGACUGGGUGACAAUAGCCCAACGUCGCCAAAACCCCGUAAGAGUAUGGUGAAGAGACUGAGCCUACUCUUCUUGGGAUCAGAUGCUACAAACGCAAACUCUCCUGUAAGAGAGAGUCCACGGUCUCCCCCUACUGGAAGCUCAGGGGAGAGCAUGGACUCAGUCAGUGUGUCUUCCAGUGACUCCAGUCCUUCAGAGAGCGAGGGCAUGACACCCACACAUGUCAUACAUGCACAUCUAAAGAAGCUGUCAGAGUCUUCCUCCUGUACAUCAUUGCACUUCAUGGACACCUCCUCGGCCAGUGCUACCAUAUCUCUGGCAUCCCCAACGCUGUCUGGGACCCCCUGUAUGCACCGAUGCUCAGUUUCGUUGACGCCCAUGACUCCUACCUCGCCCAGUUUUCCACCUGCCUAUAACACACAAGCUCAGGAUGCCUGCAUCGUCAGAGUAAGCCUUGAACAGGGCAAUGGUAACCUCUACAAGAGCAUCAUGCUGACUAGUCAGGACAAAACUCCUGCAGUUAUCUCUCGAGCCAUGGCCAAACACAACCUAGAGGAUGAGCAGGCUGCUGAUUAUGAGCUGGUGCAGGUGAUUUCUGAGGAGAGAGAGUUGCUUAUCCCUGAUAAUGCCAAUGUGUUUUACGCCAUGAGCACCUCUGCAAACUUUGACUUUCUGUUGCGUAUGCGUGGGUCUGAGGGAAGGCCAGUUCAGCUUCGCAGUCGUUGCAGCUCCACUGUACCGCACACACAGCAACGCUCCAGUCUGUCCCACAGGCUCAGCAAGGUCACACUGUGACCUCUGCCGUUUUUUGGACAGGAGAGUAUUGUGUACAAAGACUAUAGAGGGUGGAGACCUAGAAAAUGUGCUUUAUAGACAGUUGUCUGAUUUUGGCAUCUCAAGGUCUUGCAUUCUGCCUUUUUGAAGAAAUUUACUUGUUUCUAAUAGUAGCAUGUGCCUCCACCCCCACCCUGCUUUUUGUCAGUAUUUUCAUAAGAGCACAUCUCUUCCCAGCCAAGAGGCCUACACAACUUCUUCAGAGAACGAUAGAGAAGGAAAAAAGCUGUGGGAGGAGAACUUAAAUGACAUCCAUGUUGCCUUUUUAAAUGGUAAUGAUGGAACUAUUGCAUCAGUAUUGAAGAUGACCUACAGGAGCUGUGUUGUUGUCGUCAUUGUCAAUGUGUCCUUUUUGUGUCCCCUUGUGCACUGUGUGUACAAUGUGGACUGCAUACCUAAAGUGCUUAGACUGGCUGCUGUCACUUAAGAUCCUGGCAUAGCAAUCUGUAGAGUCCCUCUUUUAGAUUUCUUUAAUAUUACUCUAAUUGUAGCUUCUUUGUUAAGGUCAAAUUUAAGAAAAAAAAUAACUGUUUCAUCUAGGUAUUGUGAAUGAUAGGCCUAUGAUAAAACACAAGGUGUUAUGAAGUCUGUGGCCUGACACUCAAUUUCAUGUUGCCUAUGUUUUCACGACCUUCUCUGCCUAUUCUAAGCAUUUAUCUCUGUGUUUCUCAUAUUGUGAGCUGUGUGACGAAUGCAGAAAAUAUGCAUUCUGAUUGGUUCUUACUUGGUUUUAUCAAGUCUAUGUAAUUGUCUUUCCUACGAAGAGGAUCAGUGUUGUGUCUUUAAUGUGUAAUCUCACCAAUAGGAUUGGUUUCUCUUUUGAAACAUGGAUUGAGCUGCCCUCCUCACUGAUACAGUGGCACUUGCUUAAGGGGUGGCGGAGUCAAUUGGUGCACUUGGUCCAUUGUUGUAGCCUUCCUCUCUUCUGUCUUCUAGCAAUGCUAUAUAAUUAUAUAAUUUUCUUUUUGUUUAUUUUUUUCUACAUAUGUUUUUGUAAGAGCUGAAGUAAUAUCCAUGAUAUCUAUAAGAAAAUUAUUUUGAAAGUUAACUAAAAGCAAAAGUUUAAAAAACUGUGAAAUACAAGUGUGUGUGUGUGAUUGUAAUGUGAGCAUUAAAACAAGUCUGACAUUUCCACCAUUACUCUUAGGACUUGAGACUCAUUGUAUAGCUUAAGCUUUUCAACCAGCCCAUUAAGUCACUCUCACAGUAACCCUGUCACCAAGUGAAAAAUGUCCCAAACAUUUGAGACAUGUUCAUUCUUUGCAUCUGAUGAAUAUCACUUAUAUUUAUACAAAAACAUGUUUUACGCCAAAACUAAUUGCAUUGCUCAGGCAUUUUUUAACACCUAACGGUUUUGAAAGGCUUAUGGAAUUCCUGCCUUAAACCAGAUUUUCUCUCUACAUAAUGCCCUUCAUAUCAUAAUACCUGUUAGUGUGGUGUCUAAUACUUGUUAGUAUUCUGUCUAUAUUUAGUUUAACACUUCCUGGGGUCACUCUGGGCAAUACAUCAAUAGACACCAAAUUGAUAAUGUUCCAAACUUUCCUUUGCUUUGUUCACUCACAAUAGUUGAAUGACAAUUAUUUGUUACAUAGAAAAGACAGGACUUUGAUGAAACUAACAGUUUCAACAAUUAUAAAAUGUAGUGUUUUAAAAGUAGUUUGGCAGCAGUGUUUGUUUUGAUUAGUUUGUCUUUCAAAUCCAAUCAGCACUUGUGAAUUUACUUAAUUCUUUAUUUUGAAUAUUUCUUCACUACCAAAGAAUUGUCUAUCUACAAGUUAGUGAAUACAUUAUUAUUAUUAUUAUGAAAAAUUAUGUUUUGCAAUUGAAUAUUACCUUUCAUGAAUUAAAUUGAGACUGACAAGAACUCUGAAAAUUGACUGGAAUAUGUUUGCUUCCCAUAUAGGCCUAUGAUUCAUU